AUGGCUGGACUCAACGUCUCCUUUGGGUACUUCUUUGCCGUGGUGGCUUUCUGCGAGUUGAUCAGGAGGACUUCCAAAAAGCUUUUGCCGUUUUGGUUCUAUUCCAAUGUUCUGGUUGAGCUCCUGGCUUGCCUGCAGCAGGCUGCCUGCUGGUUUGAGCUCCGGAUGCUGGUGAUCAUAGGGCCAUGGGGCGGUGGGUUUGGAAUGGAUGUGGUUAUGACUCUGCUGUUCCUCCUCACCUCGGUCCACGAGGCCACGUGUGACAGAGCUGAGGCCAACCCCCUGGUCACAGUACAGGGAUUCCUCCGCUCCAACAGUCUUGCAGUGGCCAGCAUUGUGAAGAUCUUGGCCCAGUUUGCAGGGAUGCAGUUAGCCAGCACGGGGGUGAAGAGGUACUGGUCCUGGGAGCUGACAGAUUUCCACCUGAUUCAGAACAUGAUGGCAAGGGACUGCAGCUCAGCUAUCGAGACAUCGGUCGGCCAAGGAGCUUGUGUUGAAGCUGCUUGUGCCUUCUUUUUCCAGCUGGUGCUGAUGAAGUUCGAAGGAGCAGCUCUCGGAUACAGGAUCCUGUCUAAGGCUCUGACCAUCACUGCUCUGGUGCAUGUAGGUAGGUCUCCACUCCAUGAUUCAUCUUGA